GAAGCCGAAUGGUCUCAAAAGCAAUCUCCUUUUCGUUCAUCUUUUUCAUUUUCACUAUCUCCACAACCCACCCUACUCUGCUGAUCGCCGAUGGAACAACUCCCGUUAGGUUUCCGGUUCCGACCCACCGACGAGGAGCUCAUCAACUUCUACCUCCGCCAGAAAAUCAACGGCCACCAUUCCGAAGUUCACAUCAUCCCUGAAGUCGAUGUUUGCAAGAUGGAACCCUGGGAUUUACCCGAUCAAUCGGUUAUAAAGACGGAGGAUCCGGAGUGGUUUUUCUUUUGUCCGAGGGAUAGGAAGUACCCGAAUGGGCACCGGUCGAAUAGAGCUACUGGUGCGGGUUACUGGAAGGCUACGGGGAAGGAUCGGACUAUAAAGGCCCGCGGGCGGUCUGCUCAGAUAAUUGGGAUGAAGAAGACUUUGGUUUUUUAUAGGGGUCGGGCUCCGAAGGGGGAGCGGACUCAUUGGAUUAUGCAUGAGUAUCGGGCUACUGAGAAGGAUCUUGAUGGUACCAACCCUGGUCAGGCAGCGUAUGUUCUUUGUCGUUUGUUUAAAAAAUCGGAAGACAGCAUCGAUGCCUUAAAAUAUGAUGAUGCAGAACCAGCGAGUUUAUCUCCUACCGCACAGAAAUCAUCACCCGAUGAUGUAUCGCUGCAUAAUGUGCCAACGGAUGGAACGGAGAUGUGGUUGACCGACACGGCUCAUAAUUUGGCUCAUAGCGCUGCUGUUUCUUUUGAAAAUCGGGUUUCUGAUCCACUGAAAUCCUCUGAAAAGGAACCGGUUGAAAAGAGUUAUCCAGAACUUGGAGCGUAUCUGGAUUCAAGAUUUGCGAAUGAUUUUGGUAGUGAUACUGGGUUAAACUUUCAGGACGGAACAUGUGAACCGGAUGUUUGUCUCUCCGAAUUGUUGACACUUUUACAAAACGGCAAAGAGUGCUCGAUUAACAAGUCGGCUAGUAAAUUAACGACAACAAUGGGAAGUGAAGCACCCGUAUCUGCAGGACCCAAUAUCGGUUCACAUUAUAGCGCGGGUAAUGAUCUGGAACAGUCAACAAGCCAGACAAAUAUUCAUGCUACUGGCAGUUCUACAAUGGGUCAACCCGAAUUCAAGUUUCGGUCCCGUGACUCCCGUUCACCUCGAACUGACCGAACUGACCCAAGCUCAGAAGAUGUUAUGGGGCAAGGCACUGCUUCUAGAAGACUCCGCCUGCUUGUCAAUUCUCCAUCUCAUGGUGAUGAAACCAGUUCAACUGAGUCUGAGGUUUGUGACAGCAUUGACGACACUGAGAUAAGUUCUGAUUGGUCCAAGGAGACCGAUGAAGGAGACGAUCAACGGUCCAGAUCGCAGAUGAAGCAAGAUGGUUUUAGUGGCCGUAUUCAAAUGCAACCGUUGGUUUUGGUGAAGGCGUAUCGUGGUGGUCGUUUCUUGAGGUCCCCGUGGAUUCAGGUAAUGAGCAUAUUUCUAGUUAUAUUUGUGAUGAUAAUAUCUUUAGGGGUUACGGAAUGCCCAAUUUUUUUUCUUUGAUUUGAUCGGAGGUUGUAGAAAUUUGUCUAUAUACCGUCUUUAGGUCUUAUCAUCGAUCCCCUACGUGCCUUGUUAUUUGGUUACUGGUGUAUUAGGGUUGGAAUUCAUGUAUGUGAUAGUGUAUUAGGGUUGAAAUUCAUGUAUGUGAUGAUGUAUUAGGGUUGAAGUUCAUGUAUGUGAUAGUGUAUUUUAUUUUAUGAAUCUUUCUUUCUUCAAUAAA